AUGAAAUUUUUUAAGAAGAAGAAGGGCGACAAGCUCGAUGAUGAGACUGCGACAAAAGAGGAGCCUGAGCCUGAGACAAAUGCCGAGCCUGAGUUAAAAGAGGAACCAAAGGAAGAGUCUAAGGAGGAAACGACGGACGAGCCAAAGGUCGAUUCAAAGGAAGAGAAAUCACCACCCAGUUCUCCAUCCAAGAAGGACAAAAGGUCCUCAACCUCGAAAAAGGAAGAAGACAAGAAAAAAUUGAAAAAAGCUGCUAGUAAGAAGACAGUGGGAGAUGAUGACAAAAAGAAGAAAAAAAAGAAGAGUAGUGGUGUCAAGGGUGUUUUGGGAGCCGCAGUGGCAGGAACAACAGGUGCGGUGGCAGCUGCGGCUGGUGGUGCCGCAGCUGUGGCAAAUAAGUCCAAGGAUGCUGUCACUAAGUCUGCCAACGUAGUCGCAUCUGGAACCAAAGACCUAGCGAAUUCAGCAGCGGAACAAGUGGGCAUGAAGGAUAAGAAGAAAAAGCAUAAGAAAAGUAGCAAGGAUAAAAAGGAUGGAGACAAGGACAAGGACAAGAAGAGUAGCAAAGAUAAGAAGAAGAGUUCCGACAAAGAUAAAAAGCAAAGCAAGGAAGAGAAAGCCGCAACUGAGGAAGAGGUUCCAAAGGAGGAAAAAGCUGACGAGGAAGCAGUGAAGGAAGAAGCGAAGGAGGAAGCUCCAGAGGAAGCGAAGGAAGAAGCGAAGGAGGAAGCUCCAGAGGAAGAAGAAGCUCCAAAGGAGGAUGCGGCUGCCACAACAGAAGAGGCACCCAAGGAAGAGGAGGUAUCAAAGGAAGAAGAAGUAAAGGAAAAGUCUGCUCCCGCUGAAGAAGCUGCACCUGCGGAAGAAGCAGCACCCGCUGAAGAAACUGCACCUGCCGAAGAAGCAGCGCCUGCGGAAGAAGCUGCACCUGCCGAAGAAACAGCACCUACCGAAGAAGCAACACCGACCGAAGAAAAGCCCAGUAAAGAGGCUGCGGCGACUCCAGAAGCUCCUGCUGCGGAAGAAGAACCAAAGGAAGAACCGAAAGAGGGCGAGGCUACCCCAGCAGAAGAAACGGAGGCUCCUGCUGAGGAGACACCAGCCGCCCAAGAGGCCGCACCUGAGCCAGCCAGUGAAGAAACGCCAGCUGCAGAAGAAACCCCAGCAGAAGAUACGGCUGAAGAAACUCCGGCACCCACACCUGAAGAGCCUGGUGCUGAGGAAGCUGAAAAGGUUGAAGCCCCCGAGGAGGCCAAACAAGAAGAACCUGCUCCUCCAGCGGAAGCAGAAACUCCAGCAGAACCCGCCGCUGAACCAGAAGGCGAGAAGGAAGAACCAGCUGCCGAGAGCGCUGCUCCGGAGCCAGAAGGUGAAUCUGCCGUGACAGAGGAGCCUGCUGCUGCAGAGGAGGCUGAAAAGAAGGACGAACCUCAAUCGCGAGAGGCUCCAGAAUCAGGCAGCUCCCGUGAAAAGACAUCAAGCGCACCCUCAACCGAUUUCCCCCCUCUUGAACCUAUCAAUGUGUUGGAUGCAGAGGAUAUUGCGUCAAUGGACGAGGCCAAAUUGAAAGAGGAGCUGACCAAAGCCAAUGCUGAGCGCGCAGACUUUCAUGAAAAGCUUAUCAAACGAGAACAUGAGCUACGAGAAAGCGCCGAAAAGAUCAAAGGUCUAGAAAGUGAGAUUGAGAAGCAACUCGAGGACUGGGAUACGCUUGAAGAAAAGCUUGGCAAGGCAGAUGCCGAAAUGAAGAAACUCUUGGACGACGCACAAAAGCACGAAGCCCUCAAGUCUGAACUUGGUAACUUGGAAAGCUUGAAAGCAGAGCUGGAGAAGACCAAGGCUGAAUUGGAUUCAGUCAAGGCUGGUGGCGCGCCUGCCGGUGACGGCGCUGAUGUAGCAGCAAAGGAUGCGGAAAUCGCUGCUCUGAAGAAAGAACUCAACGCUCUCAAGGACGAUGCUGCCGGUGAUUCGAAGCCCAAAGGUGAAUCCGGCGACUUUGCAUCGUUGACUAAUUCGUUGCAAAACUUCUCUAACGAAAUCUCUGAUGCAAAGAAGGAACUUGAGGCCGCCCAGAGUAAAAUGAACGAAUAA